AUGGUGCACGAACUGAUUGCGUUCUUCAAGGCGGAUACUGCAAACGCUCUGCAGCCCGCGAUAAUUCGCUUUCUUGCGGCGCAGUGCGCGCUGCUGCACGAAGCGUUGCCCAACGUUUGCGACAUCUCGCUGGCCGAGGCGCCGGAGGACUGCAUCGUCAGCGUCUUCGGCGACAUCCACGGGCAGUUCUACGACUUGAUCCACUUUUUAGAGACGUUUGGUCUACCUAGUGCCAGCAACGUUUUCGUCUUCAACGGCGACUUCGUCGACCGCGGCAGCUUCAGCCUCGAGUGCGUCGUUCUGCUGUUCUACAUGAAGCUGAUCUGGCCCGACUUCAUUUUCCUGACGCGCGGCAAUCACGAGUCGCGCGAGCUCACGCAGUUCUACGGCUUCCGCAACGAGACGAUCCACAAGGCUGACGAGCUGACCUACAACGUGCUCAUCGAGUCGCUCAUGCGCCUGCCGGUAGCCUACGUGCUCGCGCGCGCCGUCUUCAUCGUUCACGGCGGGUUGCCGCGCAACUCGGACGUCUCGCUCGAGCAGAUCAACGCGCUGAACCGGCUCGGAAACGACGACAUCAUCCGCGACCUGCUGUGGGCUGACCCCGCUGAAGAGGCCGGCUCACACUCGAGCAAGCGCGGCGUAAGCCACAUGUUCGGCCCGGAUUUCACCGAGCGCUUUCUGCACCGCAACGCGCUGAAGCUCGUGAUCCGCUCGCACGAAAUGAAAGAUGAAGGCUACGAAAUCAUGCACGACGGAAAACUGAUCACCGUCUUCAGCGCGCCGAACUACUGCGACACGAUGAACAACUCGGCGGCAGUCAUUCGCUUUACCAAACGGAUCGAGGCGCUCGGCAACGCUAAGACGAUGCUCAACGCCAACUCUUCGCGCUUCGCACGCUAUCUGCACGAUUCGCACCCGGAGCUCGUGACUUGUGGCAUUCUGGAUAUCUUCGGGUUCGAGGCGCUGCAGUCCAACAGCCUUGAGCAGCUCUGCAUCAACUACACCAACGAGAGGCUUACACCACAGACGACAUGA